CCCCACCAUGCUAACGGUGCCUAAUAUCAAGUCCAAGUGGACUCUGAAAGCUCGAGCGCCAAGCCUAUUCUCCACUUCCUUCGGGUCUUCCCAAGCUUCGUGUACAGCUGCUGGUGCGAAUGACGCUGAAGCGUCAUGAGUGGGGCGCUCGACGACGAUGACGGUGGGUGGAGGGGCAGCAGGCGCUCAAACCUAUAAAAGGGCCUUCAGCAAUCGCCCAUUCCCCACUUCACAACCACUUCACAUCCAACAAACAAAUCUUCUACUCAACAAAGAAACCAUCAUCAUGUCCUCGUCGCCGUCCAAGACCUCAGGCCAGUUCCACGAGAAGAAGGGCUCCAUGAAGGAGACUGUCGGCAACAUGCUCGGUCUCGGCGGCACCGCUGACCGUGGCCGCAUGGAGCAUGCCGAGGGCAAGGGCGAGUACAACGCCGCUCGCGCCCAGGGUUGGACCGAGGGCACCGCCGACCGGGUCACCGGAAAGAAGGACUCCGUCGUCGGCGCUGUCACCGGCGACCGCAGCCAGCAGCAUUCUGGCGAGAUGCGCGAGAACAAGGGCGAUUGGAAGCAGAGCAUCAACCGCCACUUGUAGACGCGGGUCAAGACUAAGGAAGGAAGAAAUCUGAAUUGUAUCAUAUACCCGCGUCGUGCUGUACCAUAUCCUGGAGCCCUAUCUAGGGCGUAAUUCUUUGACCUCUAAUGUCCGUUGCCUCUGUCCGCAAACAAUUUCUUGACCCUCCGAGGGGAGGC